AUGGCAGAACAAAUAACACACAAAAAGGGCAUUAGAAGGCUAGAUCGCGACAAGCGUGAGCUGCUCAAGCAAUAUUAUCAACUCCAAUCUUCAACCCAUGAGCCGGUCUCAUCUGGUACUGCUGUUACGCCACCGGGCGAUAAACAACAAGAAGAACACGAGGAACAGGACAACUACACUGAGGAGCUGGCUGCGAAUGUGACCAAAAACUCAUUGAAAGAGCUACUGCAUGCUCAUAAUGCAUUAUUAGCGAGAGAAACUGCCGCUAAUAACUCUAUCAAGAAUACUAUUUAUGAAAAUUACUAUGAUCUGGUAAAGGUUAACACUAUUUUGGGGGAAAUGGGAGAAUGUCCCAUACAAGAAAAGCUAGAAACGCUUAAAGCGAAUAUGGAUAGAAUAUCGCAAGUGCGGACCGACUGA